CUCCCUUCCCACGCCCCAGUGCGCUGUGGGAUAGUGACACUAUAAAGUAUAUCCUCUCUCGGAGAAAGAUAAGAAGCCCGAGACAGGAGGGGGAUGAAGAUGGCGGACGCCAAGCAGAAGAGGAAUGAGCAGUUAAAGCGCUGGCUGGGCUCGGAAACGGACCAGGAGCCUCCUGUUCUGAAAAAGAAGAAGACGAAGGUGAAGUUCGAUGAUGGCGCCGUGUUUCUGGCUGCCUGCUCAAGCGGCGAUACCGAGGAGGUGCUCCGAAUGCUUGACCGGGGCGCUGACAUCAACUACGCCAAUGUAGACGGUCUCACCGCCCUCCACCAGGCAUGCAUAGAUGACAAUGUUGACAUGGUUACUUUCCUGGUGGAGAACGGAGCUGCCAUCAACCAGCCCGACAAUGAGGGCUGGAUCCCCCUCCACGCUGCAGCCUCCUGUGGAUACCUGGACAUAGCAGAGUAUCUCAUCGCCCAGGGUGCCAGUGUAGGAGUUGUGAACAGUGAGGGUGAGACUCCGCUGGACAUCGCAGAAGAGGAGGCGAUGGAGGAGCUCCUUAAGAAUGAGAUCAACAAACAAGGGGUGGAUAUCGAAGCAGCCCGGAAAGAGGAGGAGCGGAUCAUGCUGAGGGACGCCCGGCAGUGGCUCAACAGCGGCCAGAUCCAAGACAGCCGGCACGCCAAGUCCGGAGGAACGGCGCUCCACGUUGCUGCUGCGAAAGGAUACGUCGAGGUUUUAAAGCUUUUAAUCCAAACAGGGUAUGAUGUAAAUAUUAAGGACUUUGAUGGCUGGACUCCUCUCCAUGCAUCAGCACACUGGGGCAAAGAGGAGGCAUGUCGGAUACUGGUGGAGAGUCUCUGUGACAUGGACCUCAUUAAUAAAAUGGGUCAGACUGCUUUCGAUGUAGCAGACGAAGAUGUUGUGGGACACUUAGAAGAACUACAAAAGAAACAGAAUCUGCUGAUCGGUGACAAAAAAGACGUUAAGAAAUCUCCUCUGAUUGAAAUGCCAACCACUGGGGAUAACAACCAAUCACUGAAACCGAUCAAGAGCAAAGAGACGCUGCUUCUGGAGCCAGAAAAGAGCGCCCUACGCAUUGAGACCUUAGAGCCGGAGAAGGUGGAUGAAGUAGAGGAGGGGAAGAAGGACGAAUCGAGCUGCUCCAGUGAGGAAGAGGACGACGAAGAUUCAGAGUCGGAGACUGAAGCAGACAAGAGCAAGCCUGCAGCAUCGGUGAGCAACAGCACGACGCCCGCCCCUGCCGACAUCCCCGUGUCGCCUCCAACCAGCCCAACCAACCAGAACCCUCCCCCUGCCGGAAAGGUCGCAUCUAAGGUGGUGGAGGACGACAGGAAGGACGAGUCUCCUGCAUCGUGGCGGCUGGGUUUGAGGAAGACGGGCAGCUACGGGGCGCUGGCGGAGAUCACGGCCACCAAAGAGGCUCAGAGGGAGAAGGACACGAGCGGGGUGAUGCGCUCUGCCUCCAGCCCCCGCCUGUCCUCCUCUCUGGACAACAAAGACAAAGAGAAGGAAAAAGAUAAAGGAACUCGGCUUGCUUACGUUGCCCCCACCAUCCCCAGGAGACUGGCCAGUACUUCGGACAUCGACGAGAAGGAGAACAGGGACUCUACUGCUCUGAUACGUAGUGGCUCAUACACCCGGCGACGCUGGGAUGAUGACCUGAAGAACUCCGAAGGAAGCGCCUCCACCAACCGAACCCCCAGCUACCAGCGCAGCACGUCCCACACGCUAGCACUAGGGCGGAGCGGCAGCACGCGGGACGUGCCAGCCAAGUCUUCGUCCACCUCCAGCUUGGACCCUAACACCUGUAACACUAAACCCUGGCAGCCACCCACCUCCCACUACCAGUCUUACAGCAUUUACCGCAGCAGCUCCUUUGGCAGAAGGAACGAGGACUUGGGUUCCUCGACCACCACCUCGCCCUCUUCGACCACCACCUCACCCUCUUCGACCACCACCACCACCACCACCACCACCACCUCUGUUACCUCGCCCACAGGCCAUCGCGGACUGCUCUCCAGCCUGGGCUCCUCCUCCACCCGCACUGGCUCCACCAGUCUCACCAGCAGGUACUGGUCAGAGGAGAGUGCAGACAGGGAGAAGGAGAAGGAGUCUGCCGCCGUCAUCCCUACUAUAAACACUGGCUCCACGACCACCUCGUCCUCCACCACCACCACCGCCACAUCCACCACCACUGGCAUUGUCACUGGCUCUGAAAGACGCAGGUCAUACCUGACGCCAGUGCGAGACGAGGAGUCAGAGUCUCAGAGGAAAGCUCGCUCCAGACAGGCUCGACAGUCGAGGAGGUCCACCCAGGGUGUAACUCUGACUGACCUGCAAGAGGCUGAGAAAACCAUCGGCAGGAGUCGGCCCCCAAAGACCCGAGAGGAGGAGAAGGAGGAGAAAGAGAAGCAGGACAAGGAGAAGCAGGAAGAGAAAAAGGAGAUGGAGACUAAGGAAGACGAUUACCGGUCGAAGUACCGCAGCCUCGAAGAGCGCUACCGGCCUUCGUCUUCCUCCUCUACCUCCGCCAUUUCCUCGGUCAGCACUGCAUCCACCCCGUACUCUAGCACCGGCUUGUCCUACAGCUCCAGCUCCCUCAACAGGCCCAACAGUCUGACGGGGAUCACCUCCUCCUACAGUCGCUCCUCCAGAGACACGGAAAAAGAAAUGGACAAAAGGGAGGAGGAGAAGGAGGGAGAGGACAAGUCUCAGCCUCGCUCCAUACGGGAUCGCAGGCGGCCCCGCGAGAAGAGACGCUCCACCGGGGUCUCCUUCUGGACCCAAGAGGGUGACGACCCUGACCAGCAGUCAGACUCGGAGGACGGCAGCAUCAAGGGAGAGCCACAGAGUGACAGAUUGUCCAGGAACGAGAGCAGCACUUCAACCUUAGAUCGCAACGACACUCUUUAUAGCCGCGGCUAUGGAGAGAGUCGGAGGACAUACUCUAGCCGACUGGACAGAGACGACACCACUGACUAUAAGAAGCUCUACGAGCAGAUCUUAGCUGAGAACGAGAAGUUGAAGGCCCAGUUACGUGACACAGACCUGGAGCUGGCAGACUUGAAGCUACAACUAGAGAAGGCCACACAGAGGCAGGAACGCUAUGCCGACCGAUCACAGCUUGAGAUGGAGAAAAGGGAAAGAAGAGCUCUAGAAAGGAAGAUAUCUGAGAUGGAGGAGGAACUUAAGAACCUCCCCCAGGUAAAGCAGGUUCAGGCCCUGCGGCAGGUGAAGGAGCGGCUGCAGGCUGAGAACCGGGCCCUGUCCCGCGUCUUGGCAAAGCUCUCGCAGUCCGCCUGCAGCCAGCUGCCCACCGUCGACCUCUAAGCCACGUCCGUUUGUCCACCACCAUCUCCUCCUGUUCCUCCUCUCCUCCUUCUUCUUCCUCCUCACCUCCCCCUCCCAACCCCAUUCUUCUCAUGCUCCAUCCGUGCUCUGCCCGCUCACAUAGACAGGCAGGUGUCCAGCCGCCCAAACAUCACUGGUUUUGUAAAACUCCCCUUUCCAGCCCCCUCUGCCUCCCCAGAGCUUUUGGUUUUCAGAUUGGGGAGGGUGCCUUUUUCUGUUUUUGGUUUGGAGUUUUUACAACAGGACACUCUCCUUUUUACAGUACACAGCUGGAAGGUGAUUUUCACACAUUUCGUCAUAUUAAAAACAACUUGAAUAUGUCAAACUAACUGGAGAAAAAGCUUAUUUAAGUACAAUUUAAAGCUGGGGUAGGCAGUUCUCUGAAAAAUGCAUCAUUCAUUUAAUUUGAUCAUCAUCAUCCCUAUUUUUAUUCUGAUCUUAGCAAACUUCUGUAUAGUCGUACUAUGAUGUAGGGCUCUUGCUAGCUAUAAUAUUUGCAUAGCAUUCCAGAAAAUGAGAGAAAGUUGCUAAUAGUUUAGCAUUUUGCUAACCGUAGCCGUGAGCUAACCACAGCUCCGCCCCUUUGUUUACAUUUAGCAGAAGAGUUCAACUUUUAGCGACUUGUUCCCUCCAUUUCUCAAAAACUUUGCAUUGAAUCUAUUUGUGUACUCCUCUAAAUAGUCUUCCAGCCAAUCGGAAUCCUUCUCUCUGAAAUGACCUGUGAUUGGCCUGAAUCCCCCUUCACAGGCUAUGUUUUAUUAAAACUGAGCGGGAGGAGUCUAGUUCCCCUCUACUUUAUUUACAACAUGCUGCAAGGUGUUUAAGCUCAUUUAAAAAAGCUGCCUACCCCAGAGUUAAAGGUUUCUAAAUGUACUUAAAGUUGUAUUAUAAACAAACGCACCAAGUACUGUGAAGGAAAGUGUCCUCUGUAGUUUCUGGUGUUGAUGCUUCCAUUAGAGGGGGCUCUGGUUCAGUUUGGCUUGACCUGGCUUCUCUGCAUGAAGUGGCUUCUUCCUUUUUUAUGCAUCCACUUUUUGUCCCAAAUCUUCAGGGAAUGAAACGUUUUUCUUUCUCCCUCCUUACUCCCCACGUUUGAAUUUGACGGAUGACAUCAACAAAUGUUAGCUGCAUUGUGCCCGAUCAGUAUUAUUUAUCAAGUCAAGGAUAUACUUCAGAUAAUAACUGAAUAAUGUAAACCUACAGUUGAUCGUCUCCUGUAAUCAAUGAAUGCGUUUGUUUUAAAGGGGACUGAAUCUUUUGUUGGAGUGUCACUGAUGUAAUUGAUUUCCACCACAACACCAGUUAAAUAUAAAUAUUUAUAACAGCCUGGUUGAAGUAAUAUGUACUGCAGCUUAUACAGGUGAAUAAUAUUUCUCUACUUUUCCAAAAUCAGCAAUCCAGCAAACCUAAAUUCAAAGUCAGAAGUGUUCAUAUAAAGUCUGUACAAAUAUGCAUCCAUCAUGCAUCACUAUACACAUCCAAGUAGAGUGCCGUCAGUCUGUCAUGACGAGUGAAGCAUUACUUUAGAUACUGUGGAAUCAGGGAGGUGUCAUGAGAGGAAAAUAAAUAUAAAUAUUUACCUUUUGCCUUAUCCAGUCUGUUUGUUCAUGUGAGCACUUUCGAACAAUACUGGACCAAACCCUUUAUUUUCUAACGUGUAAUUUACCUAUUUGUCCUCCUGACACCCGGCAGUUUAAGAUAACACACAAAGAUCUCACAUGUUCUGUACACUAGAUCAAAAAUUUAAAAAGCUCUUGUUUGCUGUGUAUGUAUUUUGUGGCUGCCGGUGAGCAGCCGUUCAGAUCCUGCAUGGCUUUCUCAGGAUCUCUGGCCUGUGGUGUGCCCGCUUUUUUUGACUUCCCUCUAUCUUGACUCGGAACAAGGAAGUCAACUUUUUUUUUAUUGAAGGAGAAAAUAAAACAUGAUUGAUGCUGUGUGACUCCAAAGAUUUGCUUUGUACACAGGCUGCCAUUAACCGUUUGUGAAACUGGUUUAACAACAGCUGAAUGUGUGGAGACUCGUCUAAGCCUUCUCUCUCUGUGUCUCCUCCUCCCUU